GUGCCAGAAGAGCGCACCUACUCCGCCAGACUCCUGGUCAAUUAUUUGAAUGCAAGUGUCCGUCCGGAGGUCAGUCUGGAAAUGGCUGCGAAUCGGGUGGGGAGGCGUUAUAACAAUAAGAUCCACUCGCCGAACCGAGGAGCCAGCAGGGAAGCUGGACUGAGCGUGCAGAAGAGACAAGCCCGGGUCACUGUCAAAUAUAAUAGAAAAGAACUCCAGAGGCGUUUAGAUGUGGAAAAGUGGAUUGAUUCUGGACUUGACGAGCUUUAUCUGGGAAGGGAGGAGGAAAUGCCAGAGGAGGUGAACAUUGAUGAACUACUGGAUCUUCAGAGUGAUGAGGAGAGAAUGCAGAAACUUAAGGACAUUCUUCAUACCUGCAGUAAUAACACAGAGGUCUUCAUCACAGAAUUGGUAAAUAAACUUCACGGUCUGCAGAAACAAGAGGAUCUCCACAACAAUGGUAUCGAACAUCCCCAGCUUCACAUCUUUCCUGACCGCCAGGGAUCUUCUGACACUGAGAGAAUCUGAGCAUGCUUCCAAAACACACACCCAUAGAAUGUUCGGUCCCUUAUAUCAAACAAGCUCAAUAUCUACACACAGCAGCACAUGUGUGUUUCUUUUGUUUGUAAAGAAUUUAAAAAAAGAAAAACGUGUUUAUGUUAAAAGCAGAAAUGGGAGGUCAAACAAUGACCGUUUGUGUGGUUCUUCAUGCAAAUACCAGAUUACACCUAUCCUUGUUUUUAACAGCCAUACACUUCUUCCACACUGCACAACAUGAACUAUUAUAGGUCUUGCCUACCUACCUUAUUUCUUAUCUGGCCCUUAAAAAUGACUUCCUCUGGUGUGUCUCAGUUUGGUUUUAUUCAAAAAUCUUAAAUCAUUUUGUUGAGUUUAAUAAAAUUAUAUAAUAGUACACCCUUACAGAAAAACACGUUUUUACAGAUCCCAUAAGUUUUACAUGAGACUUGUACACGGAAAAGUUUUUAAGUGAUAUGUUUCACAUGACUACGUGUCUUUGCACAUGUGAAAUUCAUGUGGCUUUUCUGUAAGGGCAUGUAGUACAUUUUUAUCUGACAAAGCAUUUUCACAGUGGAUGGUAUUACUACUUUUUUUAUAAUGAAGAAACAAUUAUUGUUGUGGAAGACUUUUGUUUAAGAUUAUACUGACUGAGUUUAUGGAUUUACCACAACUGGACUGGAAGAUUUUUGGCACAAUGCUUUUUAGAUUUUCAGUUAUGGUGAUUCCUUGUUGUGGUAUUUAUAUGUGGUUAGAGUUUGUAGAGUUAAAUUAUUUUUAAGAAAGAAGAUUGAAUAUCAAGGAUGAAUUUAUCAUAUUCUGUUUAAACAUACAGCGUAUGCUGUUAUAGUUAGGCUAUGUUAUUAGAUGAAGGACUUUGUUGAAGACUUGUUUAUAACAAAACCAUGAGGUAUUGUCUAUAGUUUUUGCUGCUACUGUUAGCCUUUUCAAGCUAAAAUGACCAACAGUUAAAUGACUGAAAUCUGUGUUUGAAGAAUGAAUUUUAUAGGAAUUGCCAAGCAUUUCUCUUUAAGGUCUUUAUUUUUAUUUUGUUUAUUGUAUUAUUGUGUGUACAUUUGCAGACUGCCAGAAAAUUCACUCACUGUAUUUUUAAUUGCUUACAAUUCUGAAUUUGAAGACAUUCCAAGUAGGAUUAAGAACCCUUAUUGACUAAAAUGUAUUACAUUUAGUCAGUGCACAAUUUUAUAAAUGCAGGAUUACAUUUUUAUGUAGGCCUAGCUGAACAAAAAGUGUAGUAUAUGACAUGGAUUUUUAACAAUUCUCAGUUACGAGAAGAUUCCACUCCAGGCAUGAAUUUGAACCAUUUUUUCCAAAUAAAAGAGUGUCUGCACUUUAUCAUUAUGUGUAUUGAAGUCUGUAAAUUGCAUAAAUGUUCAUGUGUUACUUUUAUUUAAGAAUUAGCCUAAUUAUGACCAAAUAUAUACACAACACUGUCUUGUGAUGUCAUAUCUGUAACAACUUUAACAUUACCAAUUAACAUAAUUGCAGCAAUGCCAGAUAACUUUAUGUUGUCUAUUUGAUCCAAUUUUGGUUUGAUCGUUGGUUUGUCUUGAGUGAUUGUAUGAAAGAGGCAGCAGAGGGCAGCAAAGCAUCUGCAUUUCCAGGAUCCAUUUUGAGCUCUCAUUUUAUUACACAAGUUUGUUGUUGUGUAAGAUGCUUGUGCUUUAAUUGGCUGACAAACCAUUUUAAGAGAAACAAUCAGAUCAAAAAAUUUGUAUUGUUCAUGCAAAUAUAUUACAUACAAAAUAUUUUGCAUUGUUCAUACAACUGCAAUUGAAAAUUUUCAAAUAUUCUCAGAUUCUCUUUGUAAUCCAUCAACAGUCAAUCAACAACUAGUCCACCAAUCAUAUAUAACAGGCUAUGGGCUAGUUGCACAAGAUGGCGCUGGUGAGCUUUUGCGACACCAGGGUCGGCAGACUAAUUUCUGGUCGUAUCGAGUUGUUUUGGCUUAAUUAAUCAAGCAAUGUAUAAAGGAUCUGUCAUAUCGCUGAUAUAUUACUUCCUUCUUUUUUAUCUAAAAAACACCCAUAUAUGCCGGCACAAAAUCCUCCUUUAAUUUCCCACACAGUUUUAAAAUAAGUCUGCCGACUCUGGCGUCCCAAAAUUUCUCCGGCGCCAUCUUGUGCAACUAGCGAAUUACUGA